GUAUAUCAGUCGAUAGCUCAAAAUCGAAGAGUUCGCACCUCAUUUCGCGACACGUGAACUCAUCAUUCUGUGACUUUGCAAAGGAUCGUCUUUGGAUAUCCAUUGUGACAAUGAGGAGUGUUUUCGCCUAUGGAAUUGGUGUCUUGAUUUUGGCUGUAGUUUUCAUUGGCGCAGGUUUUGUGGUGGCCAAAGUCAUCACGAUUGACAAUGUGCCAUCAGACGAGAAAGAAGUCUCGGACAUUCUCUCGGAGAUUCGCCAAGUGAUGAGAAGCUCUGAAUACAAUGUCAACGCCUAUUUGGUCACUGAAAGUGAUUCUUAUAUGGGAGGACGAUCGGGAAGAGUGGCUUAUGUGAGUGGCUUCACAGGUUCUAAUGGUUUCGCCAUCAUUGCUGACUCGAAGGCUGCAAUUUGGGUAGAUGGUCGAUACCAUUUGCAGGCCGACAAUCAGGUGGACACGGAAUAUUGGGAGAUAAUGAAGAUUGGAGUACCGGGAACGAAGAGCCACGAGGAGUGGCUGCGGGACAAUCUGCCCAGCAAUGCUCGAGUGGGAUUGGAUCCAAAUAUCUUCACGCCGAGUGAAUUUAAUCGCUACUCGAGCUACUUGAAGACAUUUGGUCACGAUGUGGUCUCCAUUUCGGACAAUCUCGUGGAUUUGGUGUGGUCAGAUCGUCCCGAAAUCACCCUGUCUGAGCUUGAAGUGCAGCCAUUGAGAUUCAGCGGUCAGGAGAUUGCUGACAAGCUUUCGGUCAUUCGUGGUGAUAUUGAAAGUUCCAAUGGCGAAGCUCUCGUCGUGUCGGCGCUGGAUGAGAUUGCAUGGUUGCUCAAUCUGCGAGGCAAAGAUUUUGCCAGAACACCCACAUUCUACGCACACGUUAUCAUUACGAUGAACGAUUUGUACGUCUUCUUCCACGAGAAUCGCAAUGUUCCUGACAACAUUAAGAAUCACAUUAGAGAUGAGUCGAAGACAAACUGUGUCUUUGAUUACACGUACGAGAACUUCAUCGCUGGACUGCAGAAAGUGGUGAGUGAAACCACCAAGUACAUAUUAAUUCCAUCUGGGGGCAACCAAGCGACAUUCGAGCAAAUUCCCGCCGAGAGACGAUCCGUCGUGAGCGGCUACAGUCCCAUUGCGCGGCGCAAGGCGGUGAAGAACGCCGUGGAGGCUCAAGGGCUGAGAGAUUGCCACGUGAGAGACAGUGUCGCCGUCAUUCGCUACCUGCACUGGCUCAACGUGACCAUUGGCACGGAGACAAUCACUGAAAUCAGUGGAGCGACGGUGCUUGAAGACUUCCGCAGCCGGCAGGACUACUUCAAAGGACUCAGUUUCGGAUCCAUCAGCGGAUUCGGGCCCAACGGCGCCAUUGUGCACUAUUCGCCCACCGAGGAGACCGAUCUCGAGAUCACCACCGAGGGUGUUUAUCUCAUUGACUCAGGCGGCCAAUAUUCUGAUGGCACAACAGAUGUCACAAGGACCAUCCACCUGGGACAGCCCACGGAAGAGGAGAAGCUGGCGUACACGCUCGUCCUGAAGGGACACUUGGCCAUCGAUCGCGCCAUCUUCCCGCCUUCCACGCCAGGAUCGCACUUUGACGGUCUCGCGCGACAGUUCCUGUUCCAGGAAGGCAUGGACUAUGCCCACGGCACAGGUCACGGCAUUGGGGCCUUCAUUGCUGUCCACGAGUACCCGCCGUCCAUCAGCAGUGCCGCCGGCUCUCCGGGCUUCGUGGAGAAUAUGUUCGUGUCUAAUGAGCCGGGCUAUUAUGAGGCAAACUCUUUUGGAAUUCGCAUCGAAAGUAUCGUUCAGGUGGUGAAAUUCGAAGGGAAACCCGGAAUGAGGGAUUUCAACGGCCGUGGCGCUUAUACAUUCCAAGUGGCCACAAUGGUGCCUUUCCAGCUCAGGAUGAUCAACACAGACUUGAUCACAAAGGAGGAGGCUGAACAAAUUAAUGCAUAUCAUCGAGAAGUUGUGGAGACUGUUGGAGACUUGCUCAGGACUCAAGAUCAAGAGGCUUACAAUUGGCUCUUGCUUGAGACCGAAGCCAUUGAAUCGACAAUGCUGUGAAGGAAGACAAUCGAGACUCAGUCUGACGAAAUGCAUUGGAUUUAAGCCAGUCUUUCUGUACAUGUAAUGUGAAUAAAUUACGUCAGAUUAUCCAGAAUAAAUAAGGAAUUCCGCGAAGCGAUUGUCAUGACGUUAGCAGAAGAUACAACAUUGGUUAUUGUUUAUCGAAAAUGAGACUGCGUAUGGGAUUAUUGACUAAUCAUCACUUUGCCGCAUUCAUUGUAAUCUCAUGAAUA